AUGGAUGCGUUUUUGCAUGAGUUCAAGGCCGCCUACAAUGAGGGAAAUGGCUACAGUGUGUCCAUGACCCUUUAUCCUGUCGCCCCUGCUUCAAACCCCAACAGACUUCGAGAAUUCUAUCGAAGUACAAACUUCGAACAUGUCAAGAAAGACAUCGAGUAUCGACUUCUGUAUGAUGAUCGAUCUCCGUUGAAUUGUUCGGUGGAAGAAGGUCGGGCAUGGGUGGACGUUUACUGCGCCUUUUGGAAGUUCAUUGGUUUCAUGUCCAAUGCAGAGGCCGCUCCUGAAGACAACUCAAAGGAUGCAUGGACAAAGGUAUAUGAAUCAUGGAAAGAAGUAACAAAUGCUCUUCAUCGUGGUUAUAGUGCCUGCGGAUUUGAAGCUUGGACUGUACCUUGCUUAUACGUAGCUGGCAAAUAUUUACGAAUCUUUGCCAUCAAAGCUGAUGAAGCAAGUGGCACCGUAUCGAAUGCAGCUAUGAACUACCAGGAUGAUUUGAAUCCAGAGUCAGAGACAAACGAAAAGCUGGAAGAUGCUGCUCGACAACUGAAUCGUAUAUUUACAUUAUGUCUCAGCGACCGAGCAUCCCUUGAAGAGUCUAGGAAAUGGGCUACUUACAAUAUUAUCAAUUUAUUGUUUAAGACCUACUUCAAACUAAACUCUAUCGGAUUAUCAAGAAAUAUUCUCAACGCGAUCCAAGCAUAUCGAGGUGAUAUGCCGAGCCUCGAAUCUUUUCCUAUGUCUCAUCAGGCAGAGAAAUAUCUCACCGAAGCAUGGACAUUAUGUCACAAGAGUGCGGUCAAAAAUAAAGAACUCAUCCUCACCUACCUGAUUCCCUGUCACCUCCUAACAACCCACACUCUCCCAACUCCAGCCCUCCUCCAACCAUAUCCCAAACUUCAAAAGCUUUUUGGCCCUCUCUCUCGAUGUAUCAAAAAAGGCGACCUCGCCGGUUUCGACGCUGCUCUCCUAGCCGGUGAAAACGAAUUCGUCAAACGUCGUAUCUACCUCACCCUAGAACGUGGCCGCGAUAUCGCUUUACGCAAUCUUCUACGCAAAGUAUUCAUCGCAGGUGGUUAUGAAGAAGCCAAGGAACCAACUGCUGCACCGGUAAGAAGGACUAGAAUCCCAGUUGCGGAAUUUGCUGCUGCGAUCAGUAUUGGGAGUAAAGAGACAAUGGAAAAUGAUGAAGUGGAAUGUUUACUUGCGAAUAUGAUUUACAAGAGCUUGAUGAAAGGUUACAUAUCACGAGCACAUGGAAUCGUGGUGUUAAGCAAAGGUGGCGCGUUUCCUGGAACAGGCGUUUAA